AUGCCAUUGGUAUUCAGGAGCGAGGAAGAAUGCGCGUUCCAAGGCGCCGACUCCUCGGCGUGCUUCGAACUCCCUCCGUCGCCCGUAGCGACGCUCGACGACACCAAUAGCGCACUCAAGAUUAAAUUUACAAUAGCGCGGGCAACACGCGUUGGCGCCCUCCCCGCGUUAGCCCGCCCAACCUCUCCACCAGCGUGUGCUGGCAGCGCGGCCGUCGAGUCAGCCGGGGAUCGCCGUCGACAUCGCAGGCACGUUCCGUACCUCAGCAGGAUCGCCCUGAGCACGUUUCAAGUUAGCCAAGAGUUUAAACGGACCGCAAUGGACGUGGAGGAGUUUCGGGUACGCGGAAAGGAAAUGGUGGACUACAUCUGCACGUACAUGACGACUAUACGCUCACGCCGCGUGACGCCGUCCGUGGAGCCGGGGUACCUUCGCGCCGCUUUGCCGUCUGAAGCGCCCCAGUAUCCAGAGUCAUGGGACGAGGUUAUGUGCGACGUCGAGAAGAAGAUCAUGCCGGGCUUGACGCACUGGCAGCAUCCGCGCUUCCAUGCAUAUUUUCCAUCUGGAAACGGCUACCCGUCGAUUUUGGGUGAUAUGUUGUCAGCGGGAAUAGCAUGCAUCGGUUUCUCUUGGGCUGCGAGUCCAGCAUGCACUGAGCUAGAGAUCAUAAUGCUUGAUUGGAUGGGUAAAGCGAUCGGUUUGCCUCCCGCUUUCUUAGCUCUUGAAGAAGGCAGCAAAGGAGGCGGCGUUAUUGAAGGUUCGGCGAGCGAAUGUGUCCUUGUAUGUAUGCUCGCUGCAAGGGCCAACGGGGUGAAGCGGCUGAAGCACCAGUUCCCGACAGUGGAUGAAGGCCUUCUGCUAUCAAAGCUAAUCGCUUACUGUUCGAAAGAGGCGCACUCCUGCGUUGAAAAGGCCGCCAUGAUAAGUUUCAUCAAAAUGCGUAUCCUAGAAACUGACGAACACGGUGCAUUAAGAGGUGAAACUUUAAAACAAGCUAUGGAGGAAGACGAGGAAGCCGGUCUCGUUCCGUUUUUCGUAGCCACCACUUUAGGCACAACUUCGGGCUGCGCGUUUGACAAACUGACGGAAAUAGGGCCCGUGGUGCGAAAAUUCCCGAGUGUAUGGUUGCACGUGGACGCCGCUUACGCCGGCAGUGCCUUCCUGUGCCCCGAGCACAAAUACCAUUUAGCGGGGGUCGAAUACGCCGAUUCGUUCAACACCAAUCCGAACAAAUUGAUGUUGACGAACUUCGACUGCUCCCUGCUGUGGGUGACCAAUCGAUAUCUGCUGACGUCCGCCUUGGUCGUGGAUCCUCUCUAUCUGCAACACUGCUACGAUCACACCGCCAUCGACUACCGCCAUUGGGGUGUGCCGCUGAGCCGCCGUUUCCGUUCACUCAAACUGUGGUUCAUGCUAAGGAGUUACGGCAUAACUGGUCUGCAGAAAUACGUCAGGCGACACUGUGAACUGGCUAAAUAUUUUGAGCAGCUCGUCAAAAAAGACGAAAGAUUCCAAGUCUGCAAUGAUGUAAAGUUGGGAUUAGUUUGCUUCCGUCUCGUGGGCGGGCCCGACGAGACUCCUGAGCAGGUGGACGAAUUGAACAAAAAGCUGUUGACCACCAUGAACGCCUCCGGCAAAAUCCACAUGGUGCCGGCCUCCCUUCGGGACCGCUACGUUAUCCGGUUUUGCGUGGUUUACCAGCAUGCCACUCGCGAAGACAUCGAAAUAGCAUGGGACAUUAUAACCGAAUUUGCUACGGAACUUCUGGAAGGACCUGACAAAGAACGAGAUUUGAACGAAGAAAGAGCUAGACGCCACCGCGCUGCGUUGGCCCACAAGCGUUCGUUCUUCGUGCGCAUGGUCAGUGACCCCAAGAUCUACAAUCCAGCGAUCAACAAAACCCCGCCGCCUGUGUCAACUACUCCGGGAUCACCACCUCACGCCGCAGCCCCCGUUUCACCCGAUACUCCUUCCGAGGCUGGCGCUUUACUUCCUUCAACCCCGAAACAAUCUUCGUGGAUUAGCUGGCCUCUCGCAUUUUUCUUCCAAAGUGUCGAUAAUGAGAAUAAUGACCUGCCGUUAAGGUUCCGUCAUUUGGAUACAAUGGUUCGUCUGAAAAGCCCAGGACCGUCGGGACGGCGUGGCUCCUCCCCCUGCCCUUCGCCGGAGCGCCGUGCAGCAUCGCCCUCUACGCAU